UUUCCUUUGCUACAUCAACAGCUUGAACUGUGGCUUAGUUUUUGAUGAUCGGCCAGCAAUCAUUGAAAACAUGGAUCUUCGUCCAAAAGCACCUUGGUUGAAUAUUUUCCUGAAUGACUUUUGGGGUACUCCUAUGAAAAAAGAAGAGAGCCAUAAAUCAUAUCGUCCUCUUUGUGUGCUGACAUUUCGAAUGAAUUAUUUAAUCCAUGAGUUGCAGCCCUUUGGAUAUCAUCUGGUUAAUGUAAUCCUUCACGUCAUUGUUUGCCUUCUGUACCACAGAUUUUGUCGUCAAUUAUUAUCAAAAACUACAAGCAUUGUCGCUGCAAUGCUCUUUGCUGUGCAUCCAAUACAUUCUGAAGCAGUUACUGGUGUGGUAGGAAGGGCUGAACUGCUUUCAUCAAUAUUCGUACUUUUGGCUUUCCAUUUUUAUAUCAAAUCCAGACGUCAGAACAAUGAUUACAGAGCUCUGCUGCAUUUUAUUUUGUGCUUAGGGUUAGCCAUGCUCAGUAAAGAACAAGGUAUAACAAUAGUCGCUGUUUGUGCUACUUAUGACAUAUUAUUAGUUCAAGAGAACUCCCCUCUACCGCUGAUACCCGAGAAAGCACCGAGAGGCAAAAUUAAAGGACCCACUCCCACAUGGAGAAAAGACUUAGUUCUACGACUGUUGGUUGUUGCAGUCAGUACAAUAGCUCUUUUAAUUUUUAGAAUGAAAUUAAUGGGAGAUAGACUUCCUGUUUUUAACAAAUUUGACAAUCCCGCAGCAGCGGAAUCAUGGCCUUCUCGUCAUUUAACUUAUCAUUAUCUUGCUUUAUUGAACACCUGGCUGCUAAUUUUCCCAAUAGAUCUCUGCUGUGAUUGGACGAUGGGAACAGUGCCAAUAAUUCAUUCAUUCGCUGACAAAAGAGUAGUUUUUACUCUUAUUUUUUAUGCUGUGAUAUGUAAAUUAGUAUGGACAAAUUACUAUUCAAGAAAUAGAAUAUCAGUUACGAUUUUAAUGGUUCUCUCGAUGUGCGUGUUUCCUUUUGUGCCGGCUUCGAAUCUUUUUUAUUCCGUAGGUUUUGUAAUAGCAGAAAGAAUUCUCUACAUUCCAAGUAUGGGAUACUGUUUCCUUGUAGCUCAUGGAUGGUACAAACUCUGCUUCUUUUACAAAAAGCGCGAAACUCUUUUGCGUGCCUGCAUCGUGAUUCUUCUGUGCCUUAAUGCCACCAGAACUGUGUUCAGAAACUUCGAUUGGAAAGAUGAAGAGACUCUGUUCGAAUCAGGAUUGCGUUUCACAAAAGCGAACGCCAAACUUUAUAACAAUUUGGGUCACGUGAUGGAAACUAAAGGAAAGCACGCAGAGGCAUUAGAAUUGUUUCUACAAGCAGUGAAAGUUCAACCUGAUGAUCUAGGAUCUCAUUUGAAUGUGGGAAGGAUGUAUAAUACUUUGGGAAUGAUACAGAAAGCAGAAGAAGCUUUCUGGCAGGCUAAGAACUUGUUGCCAAAGAAACGUCCCGGUCAGAAGUAUCAGACCCAUAUUGUUCCACGUCAUAUGGAUUUGUUCUUGAACUUAGGAAAUCUUCUCUCCCAAAACCUCUCUCGACUAGAAGAAGCUCAAGAGCUUUACAAAGAAGCAAUCAGCAUGAAGAAUGAUUAUGUUGAUGCAUACAUGCAAAGGGCAAGCAUUCUUUUGCGAUUGAAUCGGUCACAAGAGGCUCAUGAUAUGUACAAAGAAGCGAUGAAACACGACCAACAAAAUCCUGACUUAUUUUACAACAUGGGAGUUUUACUUUUAGAACAAGGUAAAUCCCUCCAAGCAUUAGCUCGCUUUGAUCAAGCCUUACAAGUUGAUCCAGAACAUGAAAAAUCCCUUUUAAACUACGCCAUACUGAGUCAAGAUUCAGGAGAUUCGAACCUACGCAGACUUGCUCAUGAAAGAUUGCAGGUGCUUCUGGAUAAAGGACAACAACCGGAAAGAACCUAUUUCAAUAUGGGUAUGCUGGCUAUGCAGGAUAGAGAUAUAUCAAAAGCUGAACAUUAUUUUAGGAAAACUCUGCAGUUGAAAGCCAACUUUGACGCUGCUCUUUUCAAUCUUGCUCUCGUUCUUUAUGAAACAAAUCGUCCUCUUGAAGCUCUGCCAUUUUUACAGAAACUAAACCAGAAGCAUCUGAAAGGUUUAGUGCUGCUCGGUAACAUCUAUUUUAACCAUAUGAACAACUAUACAGCUGCCAAACAGUGCUAUGAAUCGAUAUUGCAACAAGAUCCCUACCAUGUACCAGCCAUGCACAAUCUGUGUGCUGUCCAUUACCAAUUAAAGGAGCUUGAAGCAGCUGAACUAUGUUUGCUACGUGCGACAACAAUAGCGCCAAAAGAGUCCUACAUUCAACACCAUUUAGAACUAGUCAGAGAACAUCGGAAGAAAACAACUCACAAAAACACUCAAAAGCCAAGUUCUACUGUGGCCUACUGCAACAAACCAGACGAUGAUUGCAACUCAGUCACCCCAAAUAAUAGUUCUAAUUUACCAUAUUCCCCCAAAAAGGACAAAGUUUUAAAAAAAGAGGAUAAUAAAGAUUUCAAAUUGUAAAUUUUUUACAAGAAAAUUAAAUAAAUGUCAAAGCUCUUAAUAAAUUAAAUGUGCGUAUUUAAAAUUUUAUACUUGUAAAUUGUAUUUGUUCUGUUUUUGUAAGAAUCGUAAUAAAAAUAUGAGGCAAUGUAUCGAGUGAUCAAAUUAAACAAAUAAAUAAGAGUUUAUAGC